CCAGCCGGUUUAAAAACAACGCGUAAUACCGGUUAGGCCGGUGAAAAAGUCAUCAGAAUAUAUAGAGGUCAUAAAAGAAAGGGUUUAAGCCAAAAAAAAACGUGGUCGUCUUUCUUUUCUUAAGGGUUUUUGGUUUUAGGCGUUUCGGAGAGAGAGAGAGAGAGAGAGAAAAGAGAGAGAGAUUGAGUUUGCUUGUGGUGUGAGAAGAUCGCCAUCGUGUGGGUAGCGUUUCAGACAAGUAAAAAAAAAGAUAAAAAAAAAAAAGAGUUUCCGUCACUUUCUCGGGAAAACGCAUGUGUUAAGAAGACAAAGGGGGUUUUGGUGUGAGUCCCUCCUUCCUUCCUUCCUUCCUUUGCGUUUCUCUCUUUUUCCUUUUCCGAUCUCGCAAUUGCCGGGUUUAUUCGCCGGAAUAUUCUCCGUAUUUUCUUUUCUUCUAAAAAAUUCAAGAUUAGGGUUCUAAAGGAUAUUCGUUGGUUGGUGUGGUAAGUCAUUUCACAUAACUCUGUGUUAUGCAUUCAGAGAAAUGGUGUCGCAUAAGUGUGUAGAAGAAUUCUCUUUACAGUUCCCUGCCAAUGCUCGAGCCCCCAGAUCAGCUAGGAAGCGCAGCUUCAAGAAGGAGGAGAUAACUGAAAAUGACAAAACGUGUGCUAUUGAUCUAUUGGCCACCGUAGCUGAAAACUUGCUGUCUGAGACCGGAAGCUCUCACAUGUCUAUUGACAAACCGGUUGAAGACCAUUGUCUCGUUAAAGAGGAGUUCCCUGUGGAAGAUAAACCCUUAAAGCCUGCAACUUUACCCGAGUUUAAUCCUUAUCAGGGAUCAUCAAUGAGCCCUUGCGGUUUCAGUUCUGUGAUCAGUGGCAAAGUGGAGAUCGAGGCUGAGGGUUUUAGCCACUCUGGUGGUAUUGAUUCUUGUCAAGCCGGUCAGGAUUUGAAACCGAGUGUAGAUGGCGGUGCUGUAGUUCUGGAUGCGAGACCUAAUGGUGUGGGUAGUUUAGGUGGUAGUAGCAGUAGGACCAAAGUGCCUUCAAUGGGGGCUGGUGUGUCUCUUGGCGCUUUGGAUGAUGUACAUAUGUUUAGUAGAGAUGAUGAUGAAAACUUUUCUGGGUAUAUAUGCCCUCGUGUUACCAAAAAGUCACCUAGGUCUGUGCCGCGCGUUGGAGACAGAAGAAUCAGGAAGAUAUUGGCUUCUAGGCACUGGAAGGGAGGUUCAAGACAUUCAGAAGCAAAAUCAUGGAGGAACUAUUACUUGCAUCAUCAGAGGAGCUAUCCUAUCAAGAAAAGGAAAUACUUUGACCACAUCUCUGACUCAGUGUCUGAUGAUUAUCGUCUGCGCUCUAAGAUGCAAAGAGGCAGCAGAGCUGUUUCUACUAUGAAAGGUCCAGGUGCAUCCUUUGUGUCAAGCGACUCUCAUGUGAGACUGCGGAUCAAGUCAUUCAGGGUGCCAGAGCUUUUCGUAGAGAUUCCAGAAACCGCUACUGUUGGCUCCUUGAAGAGAAUGGUGAUGGAGGCAGUGAGCACUUUAUUGAGUGAUGGACACCGAGUUGGUCUGAUGGUUCAAGGGAAGAAAGUCAGAGACGAUAACAAAACACUUCAUCAAACUGGGAUCUCUCAGGAUAACACCCACUUGGACUCUCUUGAUUUCAGCCUUGAACCUAGCUCAGAAGCUCCUCAUCUCUUAUCUAGCAACCCGUCGGGACAUGUCUGCGAGGAACUAUCCAUGUGCCGUACUUCUGACAUGGACACGUUGUUCAAAACUGAGCCUGAUUUAGCACUGUUCCCAUCAGGCUCGUUUGACAAGGAAACUGCAGCAGAUGAUUCAAAAGCUCUGGUUCAUGCUGCGCUCACCGAACUGUCUCCUCCUCAACCGCCUCGUCAUAAAUCUAAUAAGCAGCAGCAGCAGCAGCAACAGACUGCACAGCGAAGAAUGCGUCGACCUUUCUCUGUUACUGAAGUAGAAGCACUUGUUCAAGCAGUUGAGAAACUCGGUACUGGCAGGUGGAGAGAUGUUAAGCAUAGUGCUUUCGAAGAUGCAGACCACCGCACUUACGUUGAUCUCAAGGACAAGUGGAAAACGCUGGUCCAUACGGCAAAGAUAUCGCCACAGCAGAGGAGAGGAGAGCCAGUGCCGCAGGAACUUCUAAACAGGGUCUUGAACGCUCACGGCUACUGGUCACAGCAACACAUGGAGACACUGGCUCUGCCUAAACCAGAGUCUGUGUUGCUUCUCUAAUCAAAAAUCCGCUCUCUCCCCCCCCCAUUGUGUAUUGUUGUAAGAUUCUGACGACAUAGAUGCACAAAUUUAGUCUUUGACUUGUUCCUUUGCUUUCUCUUUUUCUUUUUAACUUUUCUCAAUGUAAAGUUUUAAUUGGAAUAAGGUUGAUGUUCCUUGACCAAUUUAGGGCUUUAGAGGAUUUUUUCUUUUUCUUUUGUACAUGGUUUGUUGACAUUCUCACUCUUUUAUUUCUCUCUUUAAGACUA